GUGGCUGGGAGCGGGGGCUUGCGAGGAUGCGAGUGUUGAGACUGGAAAUUGGAGAAGACGCUGUGGACGGUCAGAUUUAUUUCGGGGGAGGAGGGCUUCAGGGGGAGCUAUAGAGGACGGCACACAAGGAGUUGGUAUCCAUGGAGGAGCAGGACGCCAGGGUCCCAGCACUGGAGCCAUUCAGGGUGGAACAGGCGCCACCUCUAAUCUACUAUGUCCCUGACUUCAUCUCCAAGGAAGAGGAGGAGUAUUUGCUUCGACAGGUUUUCAAUGCCCCAAAGCCAAAGUGGACCCAGCUGUCUGGGAGGAAGCUUCAGAACUGGGGGGGGCUCCCCCAUCCCCGGGGGAUGGUCCCUGAGCGACUCCCUCCAUGGCUUCAACGCUACGUGGACAAAGUAUCUGACCUCAACCUUUUUGGGGGUCUCCCAGCUAACCAUGUGCUUGUGAACCAGUAUCUGCCUGGGGAGGGCAUCAUGCCUCAUGAAGACGGACCACUGUACUACCCAACCGUCAGCACCAUCAGCCUGGGCUCCCACACUGUCCUUGAUUUCUAUGAACCUCGACAGCCAGACGAAGAUGUCCCUACAGAACAGCCCCGGCCACCUCAACAGCCCAUCACCUCUCUGCUGGUGGAACCACGGAGCCUGCUGGUGCUCCGGGGCUUAGCUUAUACACGCCUGCUCCACGGCAUCACAGCCACCCAUGUGGAUGAGUUGGACACCAUCUCACUACCGCCCAAUGCUGCUGCCUGCCAGUCGGCGCUGCCUGGAGCCCAGCUGGUGCGAGGUACCCGUGUCUCUCUGACCAUUCGUCGAGUGCCCCGUGUGCUGCGCGCCAGCCUCCUGCUGAGCAAGUGACCACCAGGCUCCAAACCCUGUGACCUUGGUACCCUAGGGCAGAGGUAGCUGUCCAGGGUUAUUUAUUUUCUCAGUAACUAUGGAAACUGGGGAGCAGACACCCAUUCCAAAUAAACAGAAAAUACCUUUA